AAAAUCAAUGCACAAAUCUUAUAGUUGCCUCCGUAGUUUUCACACAUUACAUACUUUCGAGUCGAAUCCGUCAGUGUUCGCCAUGUAGCUACAAUCGUCGACACCACUAAUCCGAAAAAUUCGAAAAUACAAGGUUUUACAAAAAGCCAGCUUUGUUGUUACAUAGAUACACAAAACGGUAUAAAUGGAUCAAAUAUCAAUAUUUACCUCUGAUAAUGCUGUAUAAAGCUAGCAGCGGGCCGCGGGCCCUUCGAAUUGGCCUAUAGAAGAAGCUGGUCAUUGUUGUAGUCGGAUUGGUUUUGCUCUUUAGAACUGUGCUCUUUAUAACGUACAUGGGCUCUGUUAAGCUCCGUCAACGUGCUAAUAGUUUAGGUUGCAGAUCCAAUGCAGGUGCACUGCGUGGCGUUUGCGUAUAAAAAGCGAAAGGGAAAAAAAAACCAGUGACGACGUGCAAAUCGACCACGCUCUGUUUAGGACUGACCUAAUUGAAUACCAAGGGUGGCUAUCGUUAAGUUGCCAAAAGUUGUAUUACCAUUUUCACGUUUCGUCAGCGUUUCGGCGAUCUCCAACUGGAUUCAAGAUGCUUGGGUGUUACUCCUCUGUCUAAGUUUUCGGCGUAUCACAUGAGAAUGUCGGACUCGUCAGAACAGCUCGGGACAUCAGUGAGCACUUCACCUGCGGCUUCAACAACCGAACGCUCUCGUAAACGUCAGAAACCCGAAGCGGAAGGUAAUCCAGCACAUGGCGUUGCUAGUAACCUUGCGGUGCCCCUUAAGGAACAGCACAGCGAUGAUACGCCGGCGAAAAAGCCCCGUACGUCGCUUUCGUCAGUCAAACGCUGCCCCGUAUGUAAAGGGAAAUUAAAACUAGUAUCAUUUACGUGCAGAUGCGGUUCCGAAUUCUGCCAGAGACAUCGUAACCCCGAGGAUCACGACUGUGACUUCGAUUAUCGGGAUUUAGGCAAACAGGAAUUAAUGAAAAAUAAUCCUAUCAUUCGGCCGAAAAAAAUAACAAAGCUGUAAUCGUUUCAAGGCUACCUGGGUCUGGAGCAGUUGUGGGUGGGCAUCGCAUUUCGUCCAAUGUAGAACGUGCUGCAGCACAUAUGUGAAUAUUAUGGAGGUAGAGGUGUGAAGUAAACAAAAACGAUCUUAGGAUGCAACUAAUGAUGAUGAUUAGAAGUAUACCUACUGUAAUCGUCGUACCACCGAAUUAUGUUGUGCCCCGGUAUUAUUAUGAUUAGUAUUUAGUUAAAUAGAACAGAUACGAGACUCUUUACGUGUGGUAUAAUAGGCACAGGCUGAUAUACCAACUACUGUGCCACAGCACCAAAAUCAUGACUGCUGUAAAUUGUAUAUAACGGUUUCGCAAUCACACACAAAAUACACAUGUACACACAUACAGAUAUACAUAUAUAUAUAUAUAUAUAUAACAGUACAGCCAGUUAAAGACACACAUCCAUAACAGAGUAUAAAUACAUAAUUAGAUAGGCCAAAUUUGUGAAACAUAGCAUCAUUGAUCACAUGUUAUUGGGCCAUGCCGGUUUUCGUGUAAGCUACAUCAUAGAUAAAGAAGAACUGAAGUUAUGAUACAGAAGCCCUGCACCAUCGUAUCUGAUGAAUAAACUGUGUACUUUUAGUUCAA